CGAUAUCGUGACGUUGACGAACCGGGGUUCUGCUUGGCAACCAAUCCUCCAUUCUUGUCUUGAAAAUAGCAACAGAGUGUGCAGUAAUCGGUGUUGAAACACACCGAAAUUGGAUAAUAAAGUGUUUAUUCAAGUGCAAGACAUGUUGAGGAAGAUGUGGGAAAUAUUCAUCUCGACAAAUGUGGAAGAUUAAAUGGAUAAAAUUGCAGUGGAAGGAACAUAACCGGAGGGAAGUAUCAGUAGUAUGACGACUCGGGUAAAUCAUAGAAUGAAUGCACCAGCUCAUCCCUAUAGUCUACCCCCGUUAACAUCUCAGACAGUAGGUGGGGGGACUCAGAUCCAGAGUGCUGGACUGAAAGUAACCCAACUUUAUAACGAUGAUCACGGAAAACACCAAAAGCAUGGCCAUGUCGGAACAGCCGACGAAACUCGGUCCCUACCCAAUCCCCGUCCCAGCUCGAGUGCAGGCAGCAAUACGAGUAAUAAAGGGCGAUCUGCUUCAGGGAAGAGGAAUAGACUCAGCCCAGAAACCGCUAUGAAGCAGCACAUGACCAAACUAACCUCAUUUGAGCACCACGAAAUCUUCAAUUUCCCUAAUAUCUUUUUUGUCGGUCCAAACGCAAAGAAGAGACAAGGGGUCGUUGGGGGUGCGAAUAACAGUGGCUACGACGACGAGCAGGGAUCCUACAUGCAGGUUCCCCACGACCACAUCUCGUACCGGUAUGAAGUAUUGAAGGUGAUUGGCAAGGGAAGCUUUGGUCAGGUUGUGAAAGUGUAUGAUCAUAAGGCACAUGAUCAUAUUGCCCUGAAAAUGGUUAGGAAUGAAAAGCGUUUCCACAGGCAGGCGCAAGAGGAAAUUCGUAUUCUUGAGCACCUAAAGAAGCAGGAUAAGGACAAUGCAUUUAACAUUGUACAUAUGUAUGAACAUUUCAUAUUCAGAAAUCAUAUAUGUAUAACUUUUGAACUUCUCAGUAUGAACUUGUAUGAACUCAUCAAGAAAAACAAAUUCCAGGGAUUUAGCUUGCAACUUGUCCGUAAGUUUGCACACUCAAUAUUGCAAUGCUUAGAAGCAUUGAACAAGAACCGUAUCAUUCACUGUGAUCUCAAACCAGAGAACAUUCUUCUCAAACAACAGGGCCGUAGCGGUAUAAAGGUAAUAGACUUUGGUUCAAGCUGCUAUGAACACCAACGGAUAUAUACGUAUAUCCAGUCUAGGUUCUACCGUGCACCAGAGGUGAUUCUAGGAGCCAAGUAUGGUAUGCCCAUUGAUAUGUGGAGCCUGGGUUGCAUUUUGGCAGAAUUGCUGACCGGGUACCCACUAUUCCCUGGGGAAGAUGAGGGUGAUCAACUGGCGUGUAUCAUUGAAUUACAGAGCAUGCCAUCCCAGAAACUUCUAGACAGUGCUAAACGCGCUAGGAAUUUCAUUAGCUCGAAAGGAUACCCUCGCUACUGCACAGUUUCUACUAUGCCUGAUGGUUCAACAGUGCUACAAGGUGGAAGAUCAAGGCGUGGAAAGACUAGGGGACCCCCAGGAAACAAAACCUACCCAAGUGCACUAAAAGGAUGCGACGACCCUCUUUUCACAGAUUUCCUGAAGCGCUGUUUAGAAUGGGAUCCAUCUGCUCGUAUGACACCCACACAGGCUCUACGUCAUGCAUGGCUACGACGUAGAUUACCCAAACCACCCCAAAACGAGAACAGGUCAGACUCUGCAUCUCGUCGGAAAUCCACCGCCAACACAAGUGCACUGUAUCCAAGUAGUAAGCUGCCCAGUGGAAGCUCGAGUCGAGGAAAGGCUGGCGCCCCUGUACCCAUGGUAGACACUGAUGUAGCAAGAACAAAACUGCCACAAAUAUCAACCUUAUAGGGAUAAUAUUAUUGUGUGAUUACUCAAAUGCAAGAUACGUACAUAACUCUUCGUGCCGUCCAAUGGAUAAUGAUGAGAAUUCUUCGAAAGAUAUAUUGCACACAAAUGUAUUUGAAUGAUGUGUUGUAUUUUAUCCUGUCCAAUAUUACUUCUUAUAUACACAAAAUGUGGAAUGAUGUUCUGUGAAGUUAUUAUACAACAUAAAAGCCAAAUCAUUGUUAUUACGUGGAAUUACAGAUGCAACGACACCUUGGGUUUAAGGAUGGCUGCUUAGAUAUGAGGAAUAUGUACUGUAUCAUGUAUUUCUAAGGGGAGAUAAUACAUGCACACUAUGGAACAUAUAUAAACUGAAAUUGAUUGUAUGAAAUGUGUACCCAAUAUAUACAGGGUGAACAUGGACAGCUAGGAGUUGUAGUGUGUGCAAGUUGGUUUUGUGUUGCAGGAAACAUUAGAGGGAUUUAAUGCCUUUAUAUUGGAGAAAGAUUCUAUAACCAACAUGGCGGAGGAAAAUUAUACUGAUAUAUAUGUACUACCUGAGUUUUGACAAAAAAGGAAAUGCACAUGAACUUUGUGCAUAUAACAAAUCGAGCAUCACUGUGAUGGAUUUUUUUAACAAUGUGUUUUCUAAGUCGUUAUGUUUCCCCCUGUUUUUGAGAGAGAGUGAGAGUGACUAAUCUGAAUUUCCUAUUGGAUUAUUUUUCAACUUUUGGUACUGUGGUUGUUAAAGUAGGAUCAGUAUUCCAUCUGCAAUAACUGGGAUAUCGUAUUAAUGCAUAGGUAGUUUCAAUUUUGUCAUUACCACUGAUGAACAAAACCAACAAAACCAUUCACCUAGGUCCUAACUUUCAAUUUCUUCCAUUGUCUAUCUCUUAAGAUUCUCUAAUUUAAAUUUAGUUGCUGGCAUGGCUUUAUAUAUUGAAGUAUAAAAUCUGUGUUUCAGUAAAAAAAAGUUCUACAAUGAAGCUAUUUUCAUUUUUUUGGGGUGUUAAUUUCAAAUGGAUAGUGGUUACCUUAAAUUCUGCUUUCCAUUAGAUGUACUUCAGCUGAUUUUUCCACGUUAAGUAUCAAUUUUUAUGUUGUGCCUUUUAAAGAUGUUUUACUGAAAAUCAGCUGACUUGUUUAUUACCUCAUAUUCUAGAUUCACUGAAGAUUUUUGUAACUCAUGAUAGCAAUUCACAAUAUUUGUGGAUAUAUACGACAAUAUUUCAAAUCAAUGUCAUAGGAAAAUUAGAAUGUUGGCUUUGAAAGCAUUGAUUUUUCUUUUUCAUUUAUACCUGUAGUAGGCAUUUCAUGUUUGUAUACAUACAAUCAACCACUCAAAAUGUUCCAAACCUGAGAUAGCCUACUGUUGAUGUGUCCUCCUGUGCAAACUGAUGUAUUUUGUUUUGUGUUUUCUAUUUGUUGCAGGGUUUUUUUUCUGGUUUAAAUAACUUUAUAGAAUUAAUCCAAUUCUCUUUAGACAAAACUGAAAGUUUACUAACUUUCCUUAGAGUUAGAAAGAUUGCAGUUGAUUAUUUCCAGAAGAAGGGAACAGUCUUAUUUUGGUAAUUGAACUAUAGCUGUAACUUAUUAGUGUCAGAUGUCAUUGUCAUAUUGUUGCCCCAGAUGUAUAUUUAUGUUAGGAAGCUAAAUAUUUCUGUUUCUCUUGCAUCUGCCUUGUAUGGGAAAUGCCUACCUAAUGUAUAUUUCUUAUAAUUGUGCCAUCUUAUACUUUAUUUCUUUUAAUGUACUUUUAACAAAUUUCUAUCUUUAAAGGUGAAUGUAUUUUGAAGCGAAAUGGCAGGUCAUUUAUAAGAAUUUCUUUUCUUUUUUUCACAAAAAAAUAUUACUGAAUGCAACUAUUUUUUUAUUAUACCUGGAUGUGUAUUAUUUAAAAUUGUUGUAAUUUUUAUGGCGGAAUAUAAUUUCAAGAAUUGUUUAUUGAAAAUACUCUGUCAGUGUCUACUGUCAUCCUCAACAAAAUAUUCAUUCCAAAUUCUACUUGAAGUGUUACGAUCACAAAAAUGUUGAUAAUUCAUUGUUUUACAAAAAAAUGUUUAAACUAGAAUCUAGAAUAAUCCUCAACAACAGGUUUUAUUCUAAACGGUGGAUUUACUAGAUGAAUGAUGUAUUCAAAUUUUCCACAUGAUAUGAAAAAAAAUGUUUCGCAUUAGGUAAUAAACCCUUCAUACAAUGAUCAUGAAUUCUUAUCUUAUAAGGUGUUAUUGCCGUUUUAUCAAAAUGAGAUUAUAUUUCAAUAUUUUGAUUCGUUGGAUCAUCGUUAUUUUUGAGGAAACAGUGUUUGGCCAUUAACUCAUGGGAAAAGAUCAUCAAUGACAAAAGUAUGUUAUUUUGCCUAUAUGUGUAUGUUUUAAAUCUCCCUGCUGGAAUUAAAUAGGGAUACAAUUGUAUAUGCUUUUAUGCUUUUGUGAAAGUUUGUCAUCAUUAGAGUUACAAAGAUAAAUCUCUUAAAUGUGCAAAAUGUUUUUUAUCAUUACUAUUGAAUGGUAUCCUGAUUUGUAAUGUAUGCAUACAUGUACAUAAUUUGGUAUAUUGAAAUUAGAGUACUGCUUCGUUUUAAAUUGAAUAUUUUUCAUUGUUCGAAUAUAUUGAAGUUUUAUAAGACAUUCACAUUGUGGACAAAGAAAAGGGAAGUCUUUAUAUUCAACAUUUUCAAAGGCAGCAUAUUUUUAUCUUUUUGUUAAGUAGCCGUUUAAUUCGCUGAAUUGACAUUUUUGGAAUUUAUUUAUAUUGUAGCACUGCUGUGAUCACAAAAUGCAUUAAAGCAUAUAGUAAGGAAAUGAAGCAAAUCAAAUCAAGACAAAAAUCUCCAGUAUGAUCCAAUUUGUAUAUAUUUAAUAUAUAUGGAAAUUUUCCUGUUGUGGUGGCGUGGCUUCAGUUAACGAUGAGAAUGGUUUGUUAAACAAAUAUCUGGUGUAUUCCGUAUGCCAAUGCUAAAGCCUCUAUCCUCCCACUCACGGGGGCAGUAUCUCCUAACUGAAGGAAAACAAUAGGCCAAAUCUUGAGUUAUGUCACUGCAAUAUAGCUAAGAGGGAAAUAAUCAAUGAAUGUGAUCAAUGUACAGCACCGAAGCAAACUGGUGCCAGUAGUGGAUGUGGGGAGACCAAGCGUGGCACCAAUACUACAGAUCUCCUACAUAGCCUGGUACAACUUCUACCAAUCUCUCGCCUAAUAUCACACCACUGAUGUGUAAAAUCUUUACUGUGUAAAACAAAGACUCACUUGGACUGUAUUAAAGUUGUCUUUUAACAAUGAUUUCUAGUGCUAUACGUUUAAAGAAUUUGCAUUUGAUUAACUUAUAAUUAACACUUUUUAUUUAGAUAGGAAUUUUUAAAUUUUUCUACCAAUAGUGCGUUUUUCCAUCUGUUACUUUUAUGAUACAAUUGCCUUUUGUUCUGGAAAUGUUGCGAUUGGUUUUCAAAGCAGACAUUGAAAUAAUAGGCCAGAUUUUAAUACGAAGAAAUGAUAUUGCAAUCAUUUAACAAUGAAAUACAACAACAUUAAAUAAUACAAUUCAGGAGAUGACAGAGUAUAGAACAUGGGUGUGCAUUUUCAUAUCUAAAGUACUGGCAUAGCCACAAGCAGAUUUUGAAAAAUUCUACUUACAUAACCUAUGUUUUUUGUAGUGAAAUGUAGAUGUGGAUUUUUUUCUUCUAGACAAAACAUGAAAAUCAGCUUACCCUAGGCCUCAGGUUAGUGAAAUUGUACACCCCAGGAUGGUACAUCAACAAGGUUUUAAAACUUUGCUCAAGGACAAAAUUACAAUAUAACAUUUGUAUGUUUCUAUAGUCAGAUAUUCUUAGAUGGCCCUCUUUAAUUAGUUGGUUGGUGAUUUAUCAGUACGUUUGUAUUUGAUAAUUGUGUUUUCAUUAUUUCAUGUCAUUCUGUUAUAUCAACUAUGACACUUCUCUUGAGCACUCUAGGGGAAAAUCUACGGAUAAAAUUGUUUUGUUUUUUUUAUCUCCGGCAUAAUAUAUAUUGUUCUGAUCUUUCUCUGUGUUUCAUUAUGCAUCAUCGUAGUUGAUUUAAAUUUGUUUUCUGCAUGUAUAAAUUAUUAAUGCUUCAUGAAACUAUCAAAUUAAUGGAAAAAGAAACCAUUGUUAGCAUUUUGUGAUAUAAACAAUUAGCUUUGCUGAUUUCAAUAUUUGCAAAUCAUUGUUUGUGAAUCUUGUUUUCUUGAUGUAGUUCAUAAAUUGAAAUUUCUGUUAAAAUCUAAACCACUUGGUACUCACUGUUUUUAAAGUACCUUUUUAAAACCAUUAUUUACAUAAAACCUUUACGGUUGUGAAUUCAAAUGUAAGACAAAUCUUGUGUAGUUGAAAUUUGCUUUUUAAAUUUUUAGCUUGAUUUAUUAUUAAUUGUGAACAAAUUCAAUUUGUAAUCAUGAGGUUUUUUUUAUUGAUUUGUACAUAAAUUUGUUACUGCAUUAUUAUUUUAAGCUAUUACCCCUUUUCUUAAAGAUUUUUGAUUUUUGUAUAUAAUCGUUUCCUCUGUCUAUCCUCAUCCAAUCAUUGUCCUCAACCUUGCACACUGUGCAAACAUUAUUAUAUAUUAUACUCUGUACCAUGCAUACAUCUGCCAAGUCUCUGUACAAUUUCAAACCAGAGAGAAUGUGAUAGCUUGCAUUUUAAAAAUGCAGCUUUGUGUAGAAAAUCUCUUCAAUGAUUUAUACAGAUAUGAAUUUCUUAACCCACUGACAAUUUUUAUUACAAAAAUAGACUGUAUCAAUUAUUUUUAACUGAAGUGUAAUUGAACAAUGUAUAUUAAAGAUGACACAGGUUCCAUGUGA